GAGCCGGAGCCGGAGCCGAUCCCCUGGCCCGCGGCUGCGGGCUCUGCUCCGGGCGGGGCGCCCCGGGGCCGCUCCCUGCUCCCUCUGCCAGCACGUGCUCGGGAAGCGCGGGGCGUCUGUCCCGGGAAGGGAACCCUGGAACGUAGAGCGCCCGUCCCUCGCUGCGGCGGGACCGAGCCCCAGUGGCGUCGGGAGCUCCGUGGAGCCGGACUGCCAAAGGCUGGGGUGAAUGCAAGUGGCGGGACAGGAGCCGUGGGCAGGACGGUCUCGUCUGAGCCGAGUUAAGUGAAUGGAUCUUCAGAAGCAGAUUUGUUAAAACUGACAAAACAUGGCAUAUCGAAGAGAUGAAAUGUGGUCUGAAGGCCGAUACGACUAUGAAAGAGUUCCAAGAGAACGUCUCCCUCCAAGGAUUCAUGGUGAUAGUGAUUACCACAGAAUAGUAAACGUUGUGCCCAAGAAACCACCUCUGCUUGAGAGACCUGGGGAUGGAAAUUACAGUCGCUAUGACAAUUAUGGUCACGCUGAGUACAGAGACUAUGACGAGGGUCGUGGUUUUGCCCAUGACCGAAGAAGUGGACCUCCACACCGAGGUGUACGUAAGGAUGAAUCAGGAUACAGAUGGGCAAGGGAUGGUCAUCCUCCAAGACCUGAAUACAGGGAUGUCAGAGAUGGCUUCAGAAGAAAAAGCUUCUAUUCUCAUUAUGUGAGAGAUCGAUCCCCUCAUAGGAGGGACUCUCCUUUCUUCAGGGAAUCGCCAGGGAGCCGGAGGGAUUCUCCACACAGCAGAUCUGGCUCUAGUGUCAGCAGCAGGAGCUACUCUCCUGAAAGAAGCAAAGCCUAUCCUUUCCACCAGCAUAGCAGAAGUAUGUCAUCCUUACAUAAAAGAAAUAUUUCUUCUCAGCAAGGUAAAGAGAGGCCAGUUCAAUCAUUGAAAACAUCAAGAGAUGCAUCACCUUCAGGGUCCACAGCAGUACCUUCAUCAAAGGCUUUGGAGAAGAGCAACAGACUAUCAGAAAAGGAACUUGCAGAAGCUGCAAGCAAGUGGGCAGCUGAAAAGGCAGAGAAGGCUGAGGAAAGCAAUUUACCUGAAAUAACAGAGUAUGAUGCUGGAUCUUCAGCUCCAUUAUACGUUGAACAAACAGAGGAAACAGAAGCAAAUCUAACAGAUAGUACAGAAUUAUACGAGGAUGGCCAGCUUCUUGGUCGUUCAAAAGCAAUUGCAACUAAGACAAAGGAGAUWGAACAGGUCUACAAACAAGACUGUGAAACCUUUGGUAUGGUAGUGAAGAUGCUGAUUGAUAAAGAUCCAUCGUUAGAGAAAUCCAUUCAGUUUGCCCUGAGGCAGAAUUUGCAUGAAAUCGGUGAGCGAUGCAUUGAAGAACUCAAACAUUUCAUUGCKCAGUACGAUGCAGCCAACCAAGAUGUAUCAGAAUCUUUCAAAGAGGGCUCAUACUAAGGACAAAAAUGUGUUUUUAGAUCCUGUGCAUUGUGUAUACCCAUAGUACAUAAAUCUGCUUUAGUGGGGAAGGAGGAGCUCUUGCUCAAGGUUUGAAGCCAAGGAGCUCCUUUGUCAUUGCUCAGGUGGCUGUUCCCUUGUCCACUGUGGUCUCCAUGACUGUGUUCUUCCUUCCUGUUCAUGUUGACAUAUAUUCCUUUGAAAGGAUGUUCUUUUAAAAAAUGCUAUAAAGCAACAAACUAUUUUUGAAACCUCUACACAGUGUCCCUGGAAGAAAUCAGUCUGAUGUCUGUACACUUAUGUUUUGAUGCGUGUAAGUGUAAUACAAAACAUUGUAUUUUUUAUUAAAAUUACACAAAGCUGCUCUCAUUCCUCAAGUUAUGCACAAAUAUGUCUUGCUAUCAUAUAUGCUAUAGGAAGGGAAAACUUGCAAAAUUGGUCACAAUUAUGAUUUAUUUAUUCUGGUUUAAUUUAAAAGUUCAGCUGAAUUCUGUAAAAUUACACUAGGAGUUAUCUCUUGUAUCUGCCAGAGCAAUUAACUACUUGGUGUAAGAAAUGCUGGUUUUUUGUUCUAAUUGCAGAUUCUGAAAAUGCCUUUUAAAUUUUAGUGUUUUCCAUAUCCUGACUCAUUACUAGUAAGCAGUAUUAUAUGGGAUGGAUUCCAUUUUUUGUUACUCUUUGCUCUGUUUUUGACUAUACUGUAGUCUGUGAAUGUAGCUGCAGGCAGCCGCUGAGCAGGGAAAGGUCCCUUUUCCUACUCUGUCCCUCUCCCCCCUGACAACUUCCCAAGCCUUUUUAUCCAUCAGUUUUAACAUUACGGAGGCUGUGUGGAAUUCUUUCCAGCUUCAAGAAGCAGAAAUUCAGGUAUCAGGGAUGGGCAAGGAAACUGAGCAGGACCAUCUCUGCAGUAAUCCCAGGAUGCUUUGGAUUAGAUGUAACACAAAGUUUAUCCCUGAGGCCUCAAAUUCUCGAUCAUUUCAAACCUAGUGAUUCUGGUUAAUGAUUCUGGCACCACCUUUGACCUGACAGAACAGCCUGUAGUUGGGGAGCAGUGCUUGAGGAAAGUCAAGAGGUUGCCAGUGAGAGUUAAUUAGGACUCAGUGGAAUCCUGACAAUUGAAUACAUUUAUUAACGUACUGUUUUUUAAGGAACAUUCUAGGAGAGGGAUCAUUUGAGUCAUAAUCACAAAGAGGCAAGUUUAACCAUGAUUGUUUUGUAUACAUUUGCAUUUGGAACAUGUGAAACUCUGAAAGGACUAAUAAACUCACUGUUUCCAGAUUUCAUCAGAAUGGUGUGCAGAAAUGUUAAUGAAGUAGCAAUAAUUUUGCAUGUACAAGGUACUGUAUGUAUCACAGCAUCUUACACAUGCAAAUCUUGAUACGAUAUAUUAAAUAUGUACUGUGUCAGAUUCCUGAGAUGUCUGGUUAGUUUUCAUGUCAGUAAAGGGGGGGUUGCAGUUGGCUUUUCUUGCUCCUGAGAGUUUGCAAUGCUCAAAGGAGAUGACCUGCAACUACCCUUGUUAACACCUGGGAUUGUGUGGGCUGCACAGUGAGUAGGAAUUAGCUCAUGGACCCUACAGGGUGCUAAUUUGGGGAGGGAAAGCAGGGAGGAGAGGCAAGCAGUUGUGACAUAGUAGCAAGACCUGACCCACCCCUUCUGGCAACACCUGGUUUACGGUGAUCAGCCAAAGUCUCCUCUGAUGGAGAAGCUUAACUACAGCACUUCACUACUUGCCUGCAGCACAGAGAGCCUUCAGCGUGUUACAUCAGAGUUUCUACUUUGGGUUAGAAAUGCUAAUGGAAAAAUAAAAAAAAUUGUGUGUAAAAUAUUUUUGGAUUAAAAAUCUCCAUUGCUACUGCAGAGUUUGUUAGGAGUUUCCUUUGUUAGAAGGCUGAUUAAGUUUACUGUUAUAAAAGUGUACAAGUUUUCAAGUGCUUUUCUGUAAAGUAUGAACUAGGCUUACAGCCACAAAAUCACAGAAUAUCUCAAGUUGGAAAGUGCAUGUAGGGAUGGUUUGAGUCCAACUCCAUGCUGCUCACGGGACCAUUAGGACGGAGCAUUGUCCAGAUGCUUCUUGAACUCUGGCAUGCCUGGGGCUCUACCACUUCUCUGGGGAGCCUGUUCCAGUGACUGACUCCCCUCUCACAUCCAAUCUGAACUUCCCCUGAUGCAGCUUCAUUCCAUUUCCUUGAGCCCUGUCACUGGUCACCAGAGAGAGUUGAGUGCCUGCCCCUUUGCUGCCCACCUUGAGGAGCCUGUAGAAUGCAGUGAGGUCACUCCUCUGUGUCCUCCAGGCUCUUCCUUUCACCAUCUUGAUCACUCUACUCUGGGUGCACCGGUAUCUUUACAUCCUUCUUGUAUUGUGCACCCAGAACUGCCCUCAGCACUCGAGGUGAGGCUGCCCCAGGUCGGAGCAGAGCAGGACAAUCCCCUCCCUUGCCCGGCCGUGAUGCUGUGCCUGAUGUCCCCCAGGACACUCCUGGCCCUCCUGGCUGCCAGGGCACUGCUGACUCAAAUUCAACUUUCCCUCAACCAGGACCCCCAAAUCUCUUUCUGUAGGGUUGCUAUCCAGCUUCUCAUUCCUCAAGUUUUAUGGAUAAUCCAGACUGCCCUGUCCCAAGUGGAGAAUCUGGUACUCGUUAAAAUUCAUGCAGCUGAUGAUUGCCCCCCCAGCUCCUUAGUUUGUUCAGAUCUCUCUGCAGGGCUCUCUACUCUUCAGGGAGCCCACAGCUCCUCUCAGUUUACUAUCAUUGGCAAACUCAAUGUACAUUUGAUUCAUCUAUCUUCAUUAAAGAGCACUGGCCCUAAAACUGAGCCCUCUGGAGUCCCACUGGUGACUGGGCUGUAACUCCGUUCACUGUGCCUAAUCCUUACUGUGCUUAAUCUGACUUUUUAAAAUUGAUUAAACUUUACUUAUGAACUAAGGAGUCUGUUGAAUUUUUUAUAAAAGUGCUGUUUCUGUGAAAGGUUUAAUUCACAUCUGUGAGUGUUAAGUAAUUGAUUUUCCAUCUAAUACUUGGCAUUGUGUUGAAUGCUGGCAUUUAACCUUCUGUGCUGUAUGCUUUCAGUUGAUGUAAGUAAAAUAUACUAUGGCAGUUCCUUAACUUAAGGAAGAAACAUGGCUUUUAGUCUUGCUUCUUUUACAGGUAUGUAGUUUGGAUUAGUUUCACGUCAGUGUAAAAAAAAAUUGACCCUGGUCUAAUGGACAGCCUCACUGGGGCUCUGGAAUGCUGUAGGAAGAGCACUGGGGAAAGGAAACAUGCUGUGAUGGAGGAAUUUGUCACUCUGAGAGCUCCUGAAAACAGAAACUACUCCCAGCACUUGUUAAUGUUGCAGAUACCCUUAAAAAAUAAAAAAGGU